CAAUGUGCAUGCUUUUGUAUUACUAGCUCUUACAUUUUUCCUGUUAGAUCAGCAUGGCUGAAUCUUCAUUUUAUCUCGGUCAGGACUUUGCUAGAGUUGUGCUAUCUUGGUCCCUUGGAGAUAUUCUAAAGGAAUUCGAGGUGAAUGCAAUUCCUCUUUCAUUUAGUUCACUUAAGGAGUAUAGGAGUUCAUAUUGUCCUCCUCUGCUUGAAGAAACAAGGUCUGAGCUUUGUUCAAAAAUUGAAUAUCUGUCAAGUGCACCUUUUGCCAAGAUUAACACUUUUUGUAGCUCUGAGCGGUUCAUAGAUCGACAUUAUGAUAUAACCUUUGAAAAUUGGACAGAAAGUUCCAACAGUCUUAAUAAAGUGCCAUAUGAAGCAAAAUCUGGAGAUGUAUUUGUUUUUACACAAGCUAAACCUGAUCAAAAUUUUGAUAUACGAAGGCUGGGGAAGAGCUGGUGUUUUGGGUAUACUAGAAAGUCUAAAAUGGUAAAGCAGCAUAGGUUAGAUGGGAGUUAUAUUUGGGUUCCUCAUUUUGAAGUCAGUACUUCAGUUGAACUUCAAGAAGCAGUGGAUGUGUCUCAACCCUUUUACGCAGUUUUUUGGGUGAACUUGACAACCAACAAUAGAAUAUGGAAUGCAUUGCUAACUUGUCGUUCUGAUCAUUUCAUUAAGGAAGUUCUCCACAUCAACCCGACGGUGCAGGAAGACUGCAAAAAUUGUCCUGCAAUGAAGCAAACGUUGGAAGAAAAGUUAUCAAUGACAUCUUAUUUGAACAAAUCCCAGUGUGAGGCAGUUGCAAAGUGUAUCAGUAAAAGUGUCUGUGACCACAAGCCAUCUUUGGAACUCAUUUGGGGCCCUCCAGGGACAGGAAAAACUAGAACUCUUAGCACGCUGCUCGUUAGCCUCUUACGUGUAAAAUGUAGGACACUCGUCUGUGCUCCUACAAACGUGGCAAUUUCAGAAGUAGCUUCACGUGUUAUGAAAUUAGUGAAAGAAUCUGCAAAGAAACUUGACGAAUAUGGGACUCAAUUUUGUAGUUUCGGAGAUAUACUCAUAUAUGGUAAUAUAAACACAAGUGCAUAUGGAUUUGAAGAUAUAUACAUGAAUCACCGUAUAAAAAGGCUUACUGAUUGCUUUGCACCAAAAAAUGGUUGGAAGCAUUGGUUCACUUCCAUGCAAGAGUUUCUGGAAAACUGUGUACUACUGUACAAGAUCUUCUGUGCUGAGAAUGAUGCAAGUGAUGGUAACAACCAUGUUGAAAAUGAUACCUCAUUUCUUCAGUAUGCAAGAGACAGAUUUAUUGCAAUAUCAGUACCACUAAGAAAUUGCAUCUCGACCUUUUGUACUCAUUUACCAAAAACAUAUGUCACAGAAGAAAGUUUUCAAGAUUUGCUAUUGCUGAAUGCGUCGCUUAAUUCAUUGGAAACAUUCUUAUUCCAAGCCAACCUGGUUGGUAAAAGUUUAAAAGCCGCAUUUUUACUUGAAGAAGAGGGUGAUAGUCAUCCUCAGGUUGACACAGAUAUGUCACCAUUCUUGCACUUCAAGAGUGAAUGCAUUAGACAUCUAAAAAUUCUCCUGGUUUCACUUUAUAGACUCAGUCUAGUAGCAGUAAAUGAGAAGUUCUGCUUCAACAUGGCCUCUUUAAUUUUUUGCACAGCUUCAAGUUCAUAUAAACUCAGUAACGUUGGAAUUGAACCCAUGAGGUUGUUGGUUAUUGAUGAAGCUUCACAGUUGAAGGAGUGUGAAUCAUUAAUUCCACUACAAGUCUGUGGUUUAAAGCAUGUUGUUCUUUUGGGCGAUGAAUGCCAAUUGCCGGCAUUUGUUAGUAGCAAGGCACCUCCUUGA